AUGGGCAUCAAGUUACGCAAAAGUUACGUCCUCAACGACUACUCCACCACCUGUACACUCAAAUGAGAAACUCGGCGGAUUGAGGCCAAUCUAGGAGCCGAGAGGGAACAAUUCGACAAGCGACAGCUAAGCAGCAUCAGCAAAGCCAUCAACACCACCGAAACACCCGUGAAAGAGAAGCAUGCACGACGUAUCAUCCUGGGCACUCACCGGGAGAAGGGGGCCUACACCUUCUGGUCCUACGCCCUGGGCUUCCCCCUGGCCAGCAACUCCAUCCUCAGCUGGAAGUUCUGCCACGUGCUGCACAAAGUCCUGCGCGACGGCCAUCGCAAUGUGUUACAAGACUGCUUGAGACAUUUCAGUUCUAUUGUGGAACUCGGCCAGCUUUGGGGCAAUAUUCACGAUCGAUACGGUCAGCUGGUUGCGCUCUAUUCCAAGCUGCUCUGCACCAAAAUGAAGUUUCACAACAAGCACACUGAAAUCCCCACCAAUUUGGAGGCCACGGAUGAAGUGCUGGAGCGCACAGCCGGGACGGACAUCAACAACGUCUUCCAGCUCACCGUGGAGUUGUUUGAUUACAUGGAUGUGGAGCUGAAGUUGGCUGAGACAGUGCUGCGGCAGCUCAAUUCGUCCAUCGCCAUCUCCACGCUCACGUCGGGCCAGUGUCGCCUGUCGCCGCUUAUACAGGUCAUCCAGGACUGCAGUCAACUCUACCACUUCAUGGUCAAGCUGCUAUUCAAGCUGCACGCAUGUCUCCCUGCUGACACUUUACAAGGACACCGGGAUCGCUUCCGGGACCAGUUCCAGAGCCUCAAGACUUUCUUCAACAGAGCCAGAGAGAUGCUCUACUUCAAGAGACUCAUCCAGAUCCCCAGACUGCCUGACUCACCGCCCAACUUCCUGCAUGCGGCCUCACUGGCCAAGCACGUCAAGCUGGUGGUGGUCAUCCCCGACGAGGACGACGGCGAUGACGACGACGAUGACCCUGAGCCGCUCAUUGACGUCAGUGACGCCGCGAGCACGCAAAGCGGGCCGCAGCCCGACAUCUUUGAUCAGGCCUUCGGACCGCCCAACGGAGGCUUUGACGACAGGGAUCUUCAGAUUGAGAGCCUCAAGCGGGAUCUGGAGCUGUUGCGAGCCGAGCUGGAGAAGGUGAAAGCGGAGGCCCAGCGCUACAUCACGCAGCUCAAGUCGCAGAUCAACAGCCUGGAGGCGGAGUUGGAGGAGCAGCGGUCUCAGAAGCAACGCGCCCUGGUGGAAAAUGAGCAGCUCCGCAUGGCCCUGGAGGCGGCUCGCCGCCGCAACGCCGAGCACGAGAGCCUGCAGAGCACCUUCAUUGAGGCGGAACAAAGAGCCCAGGCCACAGAGCAACGCUACACUAAGCUGAAAGAGAAGCACACAGAGCUGGUGGCCAGUCAUGCCGAACUACUUCGCAAGAGUGCCGACACGGUGAAGAUGCUGUCUGCCACGCAGCAGACUCAGGAGGAGGUGGCGAGGACCAAACAGCAGCUGGCAUUCGAGGUGGAUCGGAUAAGGCAGGAAGCCGACAUGAAGAUGGAGGAGCAGAAGUUUGAGAUGGAGAAGCUGAGAAGAGAGCUGUCGGAGAAGAUGGCGGAAAUAACGCGCAUCAAGGCCACCCUGCAGAGCAGCGAGAUGAGUUCUGCUCAGGUCAGCAGCACCAUGGUCGCUCUGCAGGCGGAGAAGGAGCGUCUGAUGCGCUCGGUGAGCGAGAAGGAGGCCGAGCUUUCGUCCGUACGCCAGAGCGCGCAGUUGCAGCAGUCCACGGUGCAGCAGGAGAAAGACAAGAGCAGCAAGGAGCUCAGUGAACUGCGCCAGAAGCUCCUGGACGAGCAGUUUGCCUUGCUGCAGGGCACCGUCACAGAAGCUGAGAACAUCAUCCAAGAUGCAGUCGCCAAGCUGGACGAUCCCCUCCAUAUCCGUUGCACCAGCUCCCCAGAUUACCUAAUCAGUCGAGCAGAGGUGGCACUGAGCUCCAUUGAUAAAAUGAAAAAAGGCCAAGCGGACUACGUCAAAGACAUGAAAGACGCCGGAGCGCUGCUGAAGUCGCUGACUCACUUCUCCCACGCGGCCGCUGACACCAUCGUCAAUGGCAGCGCCACCGCGCACAUGGCGCCCACCGACCACGCGGAUCGACUGACGGAGAACUGCAGAAGCUGCGCCACUCAGUCUCUGCUGUACUUGAAGGAGCUCAAGUCCAAGGGCACGCUGCUCAGGGCCGACCCAGCCUCUAUUCGAGUCAUCAUCCACAAGAUCCUGGGCCUCGGCCAGGAGCUGCGACCCAAAGGCAUGGACGUCCGCCAGGAUGAGCUGGGAGAUCUGGUUGACAAGGAAAUGGCCGCCACCUCUGCGGCCAUCGAGGAGGCCGUCCGCAGGAUUGAUGAAGUGAUGAAUCAGGCGCGGAAGGAUACGUCGGGAAUCAAACUGGAGGUCAAUGAAAGGAUCCUCAACAGUUGCACAGACCUCAUGAAGGCUAUCCGCAUGCUGGUCCUUGCCUCCACGGAAUUGCAGAAGGAGAUCGUGGAAGGCGGCAGGGGCGCGGCCUCCGUCAAGGAGUUCUACGCCAGGAACUCUCGCUGGACCGAGGGACUGAUCUCUGCGGCCAAGGCCGUGGGCUGGGGUGCCACGGAGAUGGUAGAGUCUGCUGACAAGGUGGUGCUGCACACGGGCAAAUAUGAAGAGUUGAUCGUCUGCUCCCACGAGAUCGCUGCCAGCACUGCGCAACUGGUUGCCGCCUCCAAGGUGAAAGCGGACCGUCACAGCAAGAGGCUGACGGUGCUCCAGCAGGCCUCUCGCCUGGUCAACGAAAUGGCCGCCAAAGUGGUGGGCUCCACCAGGACGGGACAAGAAGACCUGGAUGACAAAGAUCCCAUGGACUUCUCUGGGAUGUCGCUCAUCAAGUUGAAAAAGGAAGAAAUGGAGUCGCAGGUGAAGGUACUGGAGCUGGAGUCUCAGCUCGAUAACGAGCGUCUGCGUCUGGGCGAGCUGAGGAAGCAGCAUUACACUCUGGCCGGCGUACCCCUGGACCAGCUCCAGAUGGCCGACGGCAACGGCGACUCCGACCCCUCCUCGUUGGUGUCCAUGUCGCCCAAGUUCAACAAGCCGACACUUAUGAAGAAGCCCGCACUGGCCCAGAAGCCUAACGUCCUGCUCAAGUCUCCGUUCAAGUGAAAGAGGAAAGCACAAAGAAGUGACGUCAUCGUAGAACGUAAAAUGCCUUACAGGAAAAAGAGGGAGAAAAAUUAACAUUUAGGUUGCUUGCUGACAAUCCUGCUCUUGUAUUAGUCAUUUCCUUUUGCUAAAAUGGACCAGAAGCUGCAUAUUCCUUUUAAUGAAUCCCUAAUACAGCAGCAGUUUAUCUGUUGUUUUAUUUUAGCAUUUGGCGCGACCCAUUCAACAUUUUUUUCCCCGCCUUUGUUAAGGGUUUUGCAACCUGGCAAAAAUUCUAGAUGCCGCUUUGAGAAUAACAAGUCGUCUUAUCUAAAUUUUUUUUUUUUUGUUGACAAACCUUCUGCGUUGCCCUCACUGUGAAGACAGUGUCAUCUCAUCUGCAAAACUAUGUUAACUCAGAGGCCUUUGGAAUGUACUGCACAGAAGUGUUUUAUUAAUAUUGAUCAUAAUAAUUAUUAAUAAUAAUUCAUGUAAAGCCAUACGCUUGUACAGCAAGUCCCAGCAAGAAUAAUGUAUACAUCUCAUCUGGAAUGGAUACGUACUCUACACGCCAAUCACAUGUAGUUGCUUCUUCGAGGAUGAAUGUGGCUGUUUAGCACUGGGAGUUUUUCUUACAGGGUACUUAUUAUUAUUGCAUCACUUUAUGCUCUUCUACUGUCUUUAUAUAAACACACAGAUCUAGUUGGAAAUAUUUUAGAAAAGAUCAUGGUGUUUGUCCUUAUCCCAAGUGUAAAUGUCCAACAAAUUAAAUAAAUGUUUAAUUCAA